CAGUUGCUGUGACUCCCUGGUUUCACGGUUGUGGCGUCCCUCCGUCUUCCCGGCGGGAGAAUGUCUCUUUCUGUUACCGGUCCUUGGAAGUUUCUCGGCUCGCGAGCCUUGAAUUCCUUUCACAGGUCGGCUCGCGGAGCGGGCUGUGGAUUUAGGUUAAUAAUGGCUCGAGCUGCAAGUUUAACCCUUUAGUUAUUUACAGCACUGCUGUCCCCGGGGUGGCUCCAAUAACGCUAAGGGGGAGGAGGCCGGGCCGUGUCCCGCCCUAGUUCUCGGGGAGGCGGGGCGGAGGCGCGUCCCGGGCGGCGGCGGCGGCGGCCGGGCCGGGCUCUGCGGUACCGGAGCGAUGCCCGAGUGCCCGGAGCUGCACCUGGCCGGGCGGUACAUCAACGAGGCGUGCGGCGGGGUGGUGUUCGCGGGCGGCGUGGAGCGCUCGGCAGUGGGCAGAGGCCCGGAGGUGCCCUUCUCCAGCGAGGCCUACCGCAUCUCGGCCGCCUCCCGGGGCAAGGAGCUGCGGCUGACGCUGGCCCCGCUCGCCCCCGCCGCCGCCCCGCUGGACCUCGUCUUCCGCUUCGGUAUGUCGGGCUCGUUCCGGCUGUGCCCCGGCGCCCAGCUCCCCCGCCAUGCCCACCUCCGGUUCCACACCCGCGACAGCCCGCCGCGCGCCCUCUGCUUCAUCGACGCCCGCCGCUUUGGCUCGUGGCGGCUGGGGGACGCCUGGCAGCCCGGCCGCGGGCCCUGCGUCCUCUCCGAGUACCAGGCCUUCAGGGAGAACGUGCUGAAGAACCUGGACGACAAAGCUUUUGACAAGCCCAUCUGCGAGGCCCUCUUAAACCAGAAGUUUUUCAACGGAAUUGGGAAUUACCUCCGUGCUGAGAUCCUGUACAGGUUGAAGAUCCCACCCUUCGAAAAGGCUCGGACUGUGCUGGAGGCCCUGAAGGAUCAGGAGCAGGCCAGGAGGAUGAAGAAUCAUUCCCUCACUCUGAGCAAGAAGCUGAAGCUGAUGCGGGAUAACCCGGAUCUCCUGGAGCUGUGUCACACUGUGCCCAUGGAGGUCAUCGCAGCAGAGAAAAAUCUCCUGGACCCAGAUCACUCAGAUAACUACGCUGCUUUCAAGAACUGGCUGCAGUGUUACUUGGUGCCUGGCAUGAGCUCCCUGCGUGACCGCAAUGGCAGGACCAUAUGGUUCCAGGGAGAGCCUGGCCCCAUGGCUCCUAAAGGGAAGACCUCCCGCAAGUGUGCUCAGCUGAAGGCGGAUCCCGAGGCUGAGACCCCCAGGGUCACCAUGCGUGCCUCAAAACAGCGCCGCAGGGCUGCAGUGAAACCCCCAAAGUCAGCUGAGGAGGAGGCGGCUGACGGGCCGAGGAAGGGACGUGCUCGCGGGAGGAGGAAAGUGACCACUGCUGCAGCCUUGCCCGAGACUGAGGUGCUGGUCAAAGCCAAAAGAAGCCACCGGACAUCUGCACGCAGGGGCAAAGAUGCAGCCCUGGAUGUGUGAGUGUGGCACGCCGCCCUCCCCCCAAGGGGCAUUUCUCCCCCCAAGGGGCAUUUUAACAGCCACAGGAGCUCAGGGAGGGCCUGGCCAAGGGCCUGCAUUAGUGCUGGGAGAAAUGGGGUCUGCUUGGUACCUGAGCUCACACCCACUUGCUACCGCUGCAUCCUGCCAGUGCGGGAAGGAGAAGCUGGGCUUGGUGAUAGGGCUGAUUUAUCCAGCAUCCUCCUGCUGACCCCAGGCAUUUGAGGCGCAUAAGGGCCAAGGCCUGCACACUGUGCUGGACUCUGACCCUUCCCUCUGCCUAAAAGUGGAUCCCUUCUUCCUUCCCCUCUUCUCUUUCUGGCUGUGCCUGGAUCACUGUUUUUAGCUGACUAAUAAAGUAUAUUCGUAGAAA